UCUAUCUUGCAUUCUAUUAUUUUUCUUUCUCUUUGGUCUUAUACUUUAUCAUACUUUCCAGGUUGAUGCAGAAUCUUAUAAAGAAUUGGAGCAUUGGAAUGAAAUGCUUAAAAAUGAUAUUAUCAAGUUAUGCCAGGAAAACAAUUUCAAUUCAGGAUUUUUUGAGGGUAGUGACAGCAACACAGCUGUUGUGCAUAUGAAUUGAAGGUCAGACUUGAGCAUAUCCUUGAGAGGAUUGCAUUGAUAUCUGAGGCUGCAAAUACAGAGAGACCAUCCGCCAUUACAAAUAGCCUGUACAUCGGUGGAGCACUAUCCGCAAGAUCUGUAUACACAAUGCAACACUUGGGAAUCACUCAUAUUUUGUGUUUAUGUACUAAUGAAAUUGGACAAUCAGAUUCUCAAUUUCCUGAUCUAUUCAUUUACAAAAAUUUCUCUGUGUGCGACAAUGAGGAUGUUAACAUCAGCAGAAUAUUUGAUGAAGCUUGUGAUUUUAUAGAAGCUGUUGAGCGAACAGGCCAGAGUGUUUUAGUUCAUUGCUUUGAAGGGAAAAGCAGAAGUGUCACUGUAGUCCUAGCUUACUUGAUGCUCAGAAAGAAGUUCACAUUAAUAGAAGCAUGGAAUGCUAUGAAAAAAGUUCACCAUCGAGCGCAGCCGAAUGAUGGUUUUGCUAAGAUUUUACAGGAACUUGAUCAAAAACUGUAUGGAAAGGUUUCAAUGGAGUGGCGGCGGUGGUGGAAACCAACGAUGAAAGUUUGCCCAAUAUGUGGCAAGGAUGCUGGAUUGAGGAGCAAUUCCCUUAAGCUGCAUCUACAGAGAGCACAUCAGGGAGUGUAGAUAUCGCCUCAAAAUUUUAGCCAUUGAAAGCAAUUAAGCAUAUUCCUUUGGAGAGUUUGUGUAUGA